AUGGCUUCCACAAGCAACUCUUCUACAGUUUAUAGCAAUGUUAAAGUUCCUUUGUUUGAAGGAGAAAAUUAUGAUUUUUUGGCUGUUAAAAUGGUGACUCUAUUCACCUAUUUGGAUGUCUUGGAGUUCGUCCAAAACAGGUAUGAAGAACCAGCACCAAUAGAGGCUGAAGAAUCAAGCCAACGACUUGAAGAAUUGAAGAAGAAAAAGAAGAUCACAAAUGUUGGAGUUCUCGGGAUGAUUCAAAGAGCAGUCUCUAUAUCCAUUUUCCCAAGGAUUAUGAGAGCAAAAACAUCAAAGGAAGCAUGGAAUAUUCUACAACAAGAGUUUGAAGGAGACUCAAAGGUGAGAACUGUGAAACUCCAAUCUCUUAAGAGAGACUAUGAAAAUGAAAGAAUGAAAGAGAAUGAGAGUUUGAAUGAAUACUUUAAUAGACUCUCUAAAUUGGUGAAUCAAAUGAAGCCACAUGGAGAUACAAUAGAUGAUCUCAUAAUUGUUGAUAAAAAUUUGAUUAGUUUGACAGAAAAAUUUGAUCCUAUGGUGAACGUUAUAGAAGAAACUAAUGACCUAUUAACUAUGUAUGUUCAAGGGUUGACGGAGUCUUUGAGGUCCUACGAACAAAGGUUGUUAUGA